GCCGGGCUUAAAAUGUGGGGCAUGGAAUUCAGGUGCCAAGAGAGAGAGAGAGAGCCAAGAGUUGGCCGGUUCCUUCAGCCAGCAGGAGAAGGAAAAGCCCAGCUCCGCGCCAUGGAAAGCCACGAGCAGCACCGGCGGACGCCUCAAAGCCCUCGCGGUCCCCACGAGCUUUAUUUCAAGACCCUUGCUAAGCAAAAACAAAAGGAAGUAAUGGAGAAGAAUGGAAACAACCGGAAACUUCGGGUUUGUGUUGCUACGUGUAACAGAGCUGAUUAUUCAAAAUUGGCCCCAAUCAUGUUUGGCCUUAAAGCAGAAGCACAGUUCUUUGAACUGGAUAUUGUGGUUCUGGGCUCUCAUCUGAUUGAUGACUAUGGGCUGAAAGGUAGUCCUCACUUAAUGGCCACAAUAGUAAGAGGAGAAGAUGAAGCAGCUAUGGUGGAAUCCGUUGGUCUUGCCUUAGUCAAGUUGCCCGAUGUGCUCAAUCGCCUGAAACCUGACAUAAUGAUAGUCCACGGAGAUCGGUUUGAUGCUUUAGCACUAGCUACCUCUGCUGCCUUAAUGAACAUUCGAAUCCUUCACAUUGAAGGUGGAGAAGUCAGCGGGACCAUAGAUGACUCCAUCAGGCAUGCCAUUACCAAGCUGGCUCAUUACCAUGUGUGUUGCACAAGAAGUGCAGAACAGCAUUUGAUCUCUAUGUGUGAAGACCACGAUCGCAUCCUUCUAGCAGGAUGCCCUUCGUAUGAUAAGCUGCUGUCCGCCAAAAAUAAGGAUUAUAUGAGCAUUAUUCGGAUGUGGUUAGGUGAGGGCGUGAAGCCAAAAGAGUAUAUAAUCGCUUUACAGCAUCCUGUGACCACAGACAUUAAACAUUCUGUAAAGAUGUUUGAACUGACUUUGGAUGCCCUCAUCUCUUUUAACAAGAGGACUUUGAUUUUAUUCCCAAAUAUUGAUGCAGGGAGCAAAGAAAUGGUUCGGGUAAUGAGGAAGAAAGGGAUUGAGCAUCACCCAAAUUUCCGUGCGGUAAAAAAUGUUCCCUUUGAUCAGUUCAUCCAGCUAUUGGCUCAUGCAGGUUGCAUGAUUGGAAACAGCAGCUGUGGUGUACGAGAAGUUGGGGCAUUUGGAACCCCUGUCAUCAAUCUUGGAACCCGUCAGAUAGGGAGAGAAACAGGAGAGAAUGUCCUUCACGUGCGAGAUGCUGAUUCCCAAGACAAGAUACUUCAAGCUUUGCACAUCCAGUUUGGGAAACAAUACCCUUGUUCAAAAAUAUAUGGCGAUGGAAAUGCUGUUCCAAGAAUUCUGAAGUUCCUUAAAUCUAUUGACCUUGAGGAACCCCUUCAAAAGAAAUUCUGCUUCCCUACUGUGAAAGAAAGCAUUUCCCAAGAUAUUGAUCAUAUCUUAGAAACCCAGAGUGCACUGGCAGUGGAUCUGGGUGGAACAAAUCUCCGAGUAGCAAUUGUCAGCAUGAAGGGUGAAAUUGUUAAGAAAUACAUACAACUGAACCCUAAAACUUAUGAGGAUAGAAUAGAAUUGAUCCUUAAGAUGUGUAUAGAAGCUGCCUCAGAAGCAGUAGACCUGAAUUGCAGAAUUCUGGGCGUAGGCAUAUCUACAGGUGGAAGAGUAGAUCCCCAAGAAGGUGUUGUUCUUCACUCCACAAAACUUAUUCAGGAGUGGAAUGCGAUUGACUUGCGGACACCAAUAUCAGACGCCCUGCAUUUGCCAGUCUGGGUGGAUAAUGAUGGCAAUUGUGCGGCUUUAGCAGAAAGAAAAUUUGGACAUGGGAAAGGAGUGGAAGACUUUAUAACCGUUAUCACUGGCACAGGUAUCGGUGGUGGAAUCAUUCAUCAAAAUGAAUUAAUUCACGGUAGUUCCUUCUGUGCUGCUGAGCUUGGGCACAUUGUGGUAGCAAUGGAUGGACCACAGUGCCUGUGUGGGAACCAUGGCUGCAUAGAAGCGUAUGCUUCUGGAACAGCCUUGCAGAGAGAAGCUAAGAAAUUACAUGAUGAUGAUUCAUUAUUGAUUGGAGAUAUGUCUAUGAAAAAAGAAGAGAUAAUAACUGCUGCACACCUUAUUCAGGCAGCUAAACUAGGAAACACAAAAGCUGACAAUAUUGUUAGAACAGGUAAAACAUACAAACCUAAGACUGAAAUCUUCAUUAGAAUGUUGGCUAGUGGUAAAUAUUGCUACUGUGGCCUCAUCCUUGUUUGCUUCUGUUAUAAAACAAUACCAAAAAUAGGCCUUCUCCUUCUCCUGAUAAUCAUUUUAACUUUCCUUUGGAAAUGCAAAGAGAGAGGAAAAAAUAGACCAGGCAAGAUAAGGAGGGAUAGAUGUGAAAAAAAUAUAGUUAGAAGUGCAGAGAAUCACCUUAAAUGCAAUUGUGCAAAGCUUUGAUAGGUUAUUUAAUGUGCUAGUGGUUCAGAAUCACCCUGUUAAAGUUGCUCUUUGUAGCCCUGCUUGCACUUCUACAUUUGAAACUAAAUUGACUGUUUUGCUUCACUUGUUUCUAAAGUUUGUUCUAGCAGUUGCAAUUGUUUAACAGAUGAACAAAACUUUUUCUAGUAGUUUGGGAUGACAGUUGAGGCUUCGGGGUAACACCAGGGGUGGGAUUCUACCUGGUCGGUCCAGUUCUAUAGAACCGGUUGUUAUGAUUCUACCCA